GAGUACGGGCCCCUCCCCUCGCCCACAGUUCCGUCCGGAGGCCCGGUUCUAACCUCACCUUUUUCUCUGGACCUACUUCUGCAUCCCCCUCCCUGAGCCAACCCCAGGCCCUCUCUGCACCCACCCGGGAGGAAACUAGAAUUUCUGUGUUCUACCCGGUCCUACGUGGCUGAAACUCGAGCCCACGAGCCUCGCCCGGCCAGAGUGUUGAAGCGGAAGUGAUGUCAGCGCACCACCGCCAUCUUUUCCGGCGCUGGCUCCCCUCGGUCAGUACGGUUUCGCCUUUAUGGCGGUGGAGUCCGCCCAGGCUGUGGUGAGUUCCACCUCCUUGGCGGUCCCGGAGAUAGCAGGGGGCGGCAAAGGAAUGAUUGCGCGCUGUCGCCUAGGAGCCUCUCAGAUCCGCUUCACUUCACUCGCUUCUCCAGGGACUAUCAGUCCUCCCUGUGCGGCCAGUUCGGAGAGGCUGCACGCUCUCUCGGCUCACUGCAACCUCUGCCUCAAGGGUCAAGCAGUUCUCCUGCCUCAGCCUUCCGAGUACCUGGGAUUACAGGACCGCAAAUAACCCUGUACAAAGAGGAAUGGAGAUUGCCUCUAUCCACCUAGAUUCAUAAGCUGGCCUGAGGUGAUCUUGGCAUCAAGGAAGGGAUGCACAUCAUCACACCAUCAGCUUCAGAGAAUGGCAGCCAUUUAUUUGUACCGUGGGUUUUUUUCCAGGGAACCAAUCUGCCCUUUUGAAGAAAAGACAAAGGUAGAAAGGAUGGUGGAGGACUACCUGGCAAAUGGUUAUCAGGAUUCAGUGACGUUUGAUGAUGUGGCUGUGGACUUCACCCCAGAGGAGUGGGCUUUACUGGACACAACUGAGAAAUACCUCUACAGAGAUGUGAUGCUGGAGAACUACAUGAACCUGGCCUCUGUGGAAUGGGAAAUACAACCUAGAACCAAACGGUCAUCACUUCAGCAGGGUUUUUUGAAGAAUCAAAUAUUCAGUGGGAUACAAAUGACAAGAGGCUACAGUGGAUGGAAACUCUGUGACUGUAAGAAUUGUGGAGAGGUCUUCAGGGAACAGUUUUGCCUUAAGACACACAUGAGAGCUCAGAAUGGAGGGAAUACUUCUGAGGGUAAUUGUUAUGGAAAAGACACCCUCAGUGUGCACAAGGAAGCCUCUAUUGGACAGGAACUUUCCAAAUUUAAUCCAUGUGGAAAAGUCUUCACUCUAACUCCAGGUCUUGCUGUACAUCUUGAAGUUCUAAAUACAAGACAACCCUACAAAUGUAAGGAAUGUGGAAAAGGCUUUAAGUAUUUUGCAAGCCUUGAUAAUCAUAUGGGAAUCCACACUAAUGAGAAACUCUGUGAAUUUCAGGAAUGUGGGAGAGCUGUCACAGCUUCUUCACACCUAAAGCAGUGUGUAGCAGUUCAUACAGGAAAGAAAUCCAAAAAGACUAAGAAAUGUGGGAAAUCCUUCACUAAUUUUUCUCAACUUUAUGCACAUGUGAAAACUCAUAAAGGAGAGAAGUCCUUUGAAUGUAAAGAAUGUGGAAGAUCCUUUAGAAAUUCCUCAUGCCUUAAUGAUCACAUUCAAAUUCACACUGGAAUAAAACCACACAAGUGUACAUACUGUGGGAAAGCCUUCACUAGAUCAACUCAACUUACUGAACAUGUAAGAACUCACACUGGAAUAAAACCCUAUGAAUGUAAGGAAUGUGGCCAAGCCUUUGCUCAGUACUCGGGCCUUUCUAUACACAUACGAAGUCACAGUGGAAAGAAACCCUAUCAGUGUAAGGAAUGUGGGAAAGCCUUCACUACAUCCACAAGUCUUAUUCAGCAUACAAGAAUUCACACAGGAGAGAAGCCUUAUGAAUGUGUUGAAUGUGGGAAGACCUUCAUUACUUCUUCCCGUCGUAGUAAACAUUUGAAAACUCAUAGUGGAGAAAAGCCCUUUGUAUGCAAGAUAUGUGGGAAAGCAUUUCUAUAUUCCUCACGCCUUAAUGUUCACCUGCGAACUCAUACCGGAGAGAAACCCUUCGUAUGUAAAGAAUGUGGGAAAGCAUUUGCUGUUUCCUCACGCCUAAGUAGACAUGAAAGAAUUCACACUGGGGAGAAAUCCUAUGAAUGUAAGGAUAUGAGUGUUACCAUUCAGCCCAUCGGUUGCCAUCUUUAAUUAUUGGCAAUGACACCAAAGAUUAUCAGAUUUGUCCUAAAUGCCUUGCAGAGGUUGUAAUGACUCAUGGAUUGGCCUUAGAUGCCAUCCUGAGGGUCUGAAAUUAAACCUACAGGCUCUGAAUACAACUUCAUGGUUGCCUGAGUCUGGGCAUCUGUGAAGAAGGGUCAUGGAUGGUGAGGUCAGUACUGCAGGCUGCCUCACCUUGGUGAUUAGAAUCCUAAGAUCAUAGCAUUAAUAAGUUGUGUAUGAGAUAAAUCAUGCAGAUUGACCCCAGCCCCUGUUGGUUAGUGGCUGCCAGUGUGGCCCAUUUAUGUCAAAAUUUACCAGAAGCCAAGAUGACGUAGGACCCCAAAGGUGGGUUGUUAAGAGAUGCUCCUCCAAGGGUGUCUUCAGUUCCCACGGAUCCUGCAGAGCAUGUCAGGAAUGAAACCAUCCAUAACUGCCAGUGCACUUUCACAGCUGAUUAUUUCCGUGUCCCCUUGUAAAAUCUAAGAAGUGUGACAGCCUUGCCUGUUCUGCCUUGUAUGUCUAUUUUAGAUGGCACAAUGUAAGUGGCAAUGUCUCUUCUAGUAUAAUCCAGUCUCUCUUCUCACUUCUGUCAAGGUGGCUGAUAUAGUCCAUGAGUCUCAUUCGUGAUCUCUUUAUCAGAUGAUUGUUCAGCCACACUUUGAGGAUUCUCUUCAGUACAAGUUUUCUAAUUUUUGCAGUAUGGAUAGGCUGAGAAUUUUCCAAAUCUCCAAGUUCUGGUUCCUUUUUCCUUAACAAUUUCUUCUGCAAUUCAGGUCUCCUUUUGCAUUUUUGCCGAGACCAGCUGGGUCAUGGAGACCCUAACCCAGUGGCUCUAGAGGAAUUAAGACAAAGACACAGAAAUAGAGUGCAGAGUGGGAAUCGGGGCUCACAGCCUUCAGAGCUGAGAGCCUUCAACAGAGUUUGGCCCACAUAUUUAUUGACAGCCUGUGAUAAACAUUAUUUCUAUAGAUUAUAGAUUAGCUAAAAGUAUUCCUUACAAGAAAGAAAGGGACAGGCUCUGGCUUGUUAUCUGCAACAGGAACAUGUCCUUAAGGCACAAAUCACUCAUGCUAUUGUUUGUGGUUUAGGAAUGCCUGAGCAGUUUUCCAGUUUUCCACUCUGGGUGGGCCAGGUGUUCCUUGCCCUCAUUCGGGUAAACCAGCAACCUCUAGCAUGGGUGUCAUAGCCAUCACGAGCAUGUCACAGUGCCGCAGAGAUUUUGUUUAUGGCCAGUUUCUCAUGGCCUGUUUAUGUCCAAAUUUGGGGAGCCCGUUCUGAGCACAUUUUCCUGUAAGCAGUCAGGAAUAAUGAAGCUUCCUGUGUCCUUUAACACUUUAAUUACAGAUCUUAGUGAUACAUAACCAGUUUUAUCUCUCUCAAGCUCUACCUUCCACAAAGUGCUAGAAUACAGCUCUGCCAAGUUCUUCACUACUUCAUAUCAAGGGUUGUCUUUUCUUCAUUUCCCAAUAGCAUGUUCCUCAUUCCCCAAUGACACCUCACCAGGAUCACCCUUACCAACCUUAUUUCCAGCUUGCACAUCAGAAUUUUUCCAGCCUCAUUUGUCAGUUUCAAAUCUGCUUCACAUUUUUAGUUUUUUUGUUUGUUUGUUUUUAAUCUGCCUUAAUGAGCUCAGGCCACUAUCACAAAAUACCACAGACCAAAUGGCUUACAAAUUUGUUAAUUUUAAAUAAAUGAGGUUAAAAACAAAUUUAUAUUCUCACAUUUCUCGAGGCUGGAAGUCUGAGAUCAGAGUGCCAGCAUGGUCAACUUCUGGUGAGAGCUCUCUUCCUGGUAUGUAAAUGCCCACUUCCUCAUGUCUUCACAGGAGGGAAACCAACAAAUAGGUCUCUCUCUCUCUCUCUCCUCUCUCCUUUCUCCUCUCUGCUCUCUCUCUCUCUCUCCCCACCAUCUCUCUCCUUUCCCUCCCUCCCCCCACCCAUCUCUUGACAUCAUUUCACGAUACUUCUAAAGACCCUAUUUUCAGGCCGGGCACGGUGGCUCACACCUGUAAUCCCAGCACUUUGGGAGGCCGAGGUGGGCGGAUCACAAGAUCAGGAGAUCGAGACUGUCCUGGUUAACAUGGUGAAACCCUGUCUCUACUACAAAUACAAAAAAUUAGCCUGGCGUGGUGGCGGGUGCCUGCAGUCCCAGCUACUCGGGAGGCUGAGGCAGGAGAAUGGCGUGAACCUGGGAGGCACAGGUUGCAGUGAGCCGAGAUUGCAGCCACUGCAUUCCAGCCUGGGCAACAGAGCGAGACUCUGUCUCAAAAACAAAACUAAAAAACCCUAUUUUCACAUACAGUCACAUUGGGAUUUGGAGCUUCAACAUAUGAAUUUUCAGGGUUAUCGUUCAGUCCAAAGUACUUAAUAUGAUUCUUUUCCAUUUCCACAUAGACAAUCACAUAAUCUGUAAAUAAUGACUCUUACUUUUCCACUUUAGUCAUUAGGUUAUACCUAUAUAUAUAUUUUCUUGCUUUACUGGACUAAUUUCAACCUCCAGCACAACACCAACAAAUAGUAGUAAUACCAGCAUAAUUGUCUGCAGUUCUGCUGAGAUAUGUGCUCUAUUUUAUUGGCUUGGCUGUAGGUUUUCAUUUUAUUUUUUGAAGAGGCUAUCUCUUACAGGAAAGGUUUCUUUUUAUAUCCAGUUUUUACAUGAUGAAUGAUUUCCCGAUAUUUCAUAAUUCAUGAGGCUGAAUUCCUCUUGAAUUUAUUAAAUGCUUCCUGUGCAUCCUCUGUGAUGAUCAUGUUUAUUUACUGCUAGAACUCAAGUACCUAGAACUGUUCCUGGCCCAUGAUGGUACGUAAUAAAUACUUCAAUGAAA